AUGCUGGCACAUAAAGCUGUAACAUAGCCCUGGACUGGAUUGCUGCUCUGCCUGCUGGCUGCCCAUAAUAUUUCGGCCCGAAAGUGAAUAGUGAAUCUGUGUUUACUUAAAGAUGAUGUCAUUUAAAGUUAACAUUAAGCAGCCGGAAGUGCAAUGAAGUUACAUCUCAUUAGGCUCGUAAUAACGACAAGCAAGCUUGCAAGUUUCCACGUUAUAGGCUUAAUUUUCCUGGUGUAACAUAUUGAACAAUCGAACCAUUCUUUCUUUCAUUUGUAUAAUUCGAUCGAAUGAAAUUGCUUAGCCAAUUUGUUUGACAGGCACACUUUCACUGGAUACGAUAGAUUGUGUAUUAUAUUCCUGUCAUUUGUCAUUAAAUUAUACUGUGAUUAUCCCUAUUCACUGGUCGGUAGUGUUUUUGUAUUUUAUUGUUGAGGAGUACGACCUGGAUCUCUUCUUAAAUUAUUAACUAACAAUGUCCUUUACGAGCGUCAUCGUCAAACUCUUCAUCUCCCUCGUGAUAUUCUUUACGAGCGUCUUUUCCUUUCCAGAACAAGGAAAAUGGAAUGCAGUCAUUAAUCAGACUCACAAGUACUAUGGGGUCUCCAAGAGUGUUUUCAAAGAGUCGCAGAUUUUCAUGAGAAUAAAAUGCGUCGACUUAUCGGACAUGUUAACUGUCCGAAUCAACUGGGAACUGCGAGAGACGCCGUGCUGGGACGAAUAUUGGAGAUUAGAACUCCUUAGUAAAGAAGAAAGACAGCAAAUAUGGAAUAUAUACUAUGCAGAUUCCGUACAAAAUACUAAUGUAGCAGAAUUUCAAGAUCAUUUAUUCUUUAAGCCACCUGACGAAUAUCGUCACAGAUGUGAUAAUACAAUUCAUCUGACUGAAUAUGCUGAAAAUUGUACAUUAGCAACAUCUACCAGUGGUGGCAAGUCAUCUGGCACAGCUAAAAAUGGAGUACAAGGACAAAGUACAUUCGAGUUUCAAAUGUGCCAAAAUGACGUAUCUUCCUCCGCAAUUGUGCAAUCAUCGAGACCUGUGUUUACAAUCCCCAAGGAUGGAGUCUAUUUAUUUAUCGUAAAAUUCGAGCCAGAAGGAUCGAGCGAGUUUCACGCCGAAGUUGAAGUGCAAAUUAAAGGACCACAUGGCUAUUUGUCUGCAACUGAAUAUCCUCUUCUCAUUUUUUAUGGUAGCUCUUGCCUGCUGUACACACUGUAUGGAGUCGUGUGGCUGGGAUUAUCUUUCUGGCAAUGGAGGGAUCUUAUUCGAAUUCAAUUUUGGAUUGGAGCCGUAAUUUUCCUCGGAAUGGUUGAAAUGGCUGUAUUUUAUGCUGAAUACUACAACAUUAAUUCGACGGGCGUGUCCGUGACAGGAGCUGUACUGGUGGCCGAAAUCAUCUCUUGCGCAAAGAGGACGCUGGCUAGAAUGCUCGUCGUAAUUGUCAGUAUCGGUUUCGGGAUUGUAAAACCCCGACUUGGAGCCACGUUACACCGAAUCCUUAUUGUCGGCUCUCUCUAUUUCGCAUUCGCUUCUUUCGAAUCUUGCUUGAGAGUACUACACCCAGUGAAUGGGCCUUCAAAUAAAGCUCUGAUGGCAGGAGUCCCGCUGUCAAUUUUAGACGCGGCUAUAUUCUACUGGAUCUUUCAGUCAUUGAUGGCAACGACGAGAACACUGAGAUUGCGACGAAAUCUUAUCAAACUGAAUUUAUACCGGCAUUUUACUAAUACUCUAUUUUUCGCUGUUAUUUCUUCCAUCAUUUUUAUGGUGUGGUCAAUUCGAUACCUGAAGACGACCACGUGUCUUCGGGACUGGAAGGAAAUUUGGAUUGACGAGGCCUAUUGGCACAUGUUGUUCAGUCUUAUUUUGCUAGUCAUUAUGGUACUUUGGCGGCCAAGUAACAACAAUCAGAGGUUUGCAUUUUCUCCUCUUUUGGAUAACUUGGACGAUGAUGACGAGGAGGAUCUUGUAGUCAAUUCUGCAUUUUCUGGAAAUAUGAAACUUCGUCCUAAGAAAAAUGGUGCAACAAAUGGAAAACUCUACGGGCGUAGUCAAAGUGUGGAAGAUGAAUUGAGAUGGGUAGAAGAGAACAUACCUGCUGACAUGGCGGAGGGGGAUUUACCUGCCCUGGAUUCAGAGGAGGAACUCUUGUCUACCAAAUUUGAACUGUCGAAAAUGCAAUAACGACUAAAUUCAUUGCAGCACAAAAGCACAGUAUUUUUUCCAGACACAUCUUCUAGUAUUUAUUUUGAAAGUAACACGAAAAAAAACGGAAAUUUCGAUAUGACAGUCAUUUUCCAGUAUGAAUAGGUAUGUACGUGAUUUUAUGGCAAGCUGUUGUUUUAGUUAGAAGCAAAUGCCUUCUAACACACCACAACCGGUUAAGUAUUUACCAUAUUAUUGUUAUAAUGAAAAUGAAAUAAUAAUGAUUAAUGUUAAUAGAACAUACUCUAAGAAUAA